AUGGUUUCCACCAGCAUCAUCGAGAGGCUCGCCUUCUUGGUAUCAUUCAUCUUAUGGGGAGUAGUAGCCAGCCCUCGUGGAAUUAUAGUUGGGGACUGGAGGAACCUGGAAGUGUCUCGGGAGAUAAUCUUUCAGCCGAGCACAGUGAAGGUGACUGUGAAUGUUGAGCUCGAUUGCUCGAUGUGUACGGGGCCGAUGGACUACGCUUUUCUAAAGCUACCCAAUCAGCCCUUGGGGCACCAUAAGGUUAGUUUUUUUCAAGGUCUGGGAUAUGUCUCGGUGGUGGAAAAUGAAUCUGGGAAGAACUUGGUCGUGGAGGACUUUGGCCUGUUCGGAGAGGACAGGUAUUUGAAAGUGACUCUACCGGAGGCUAUGAAUAAGGCUUCACUUAACGUGCACAUGGUAUUUGGUAGAAUGUAUAGGCCCUUACCUGAGGAGAUACUGGAAUUGGAGAUCCAGAAGGUUGAGUAUGUUGAUGCUGUGUAUUGGCCCUCUCCCUAUCCUACACUUAAGGAGACUACUACUAUCAGGCUAAUGAGCGAAGAGAAAAUUGAACGGGUUUUGCCGGAGGGUUCAGCAAAGGUGAAGGGAAAAUCGAUUACCUAUGGACCAUACAACGAUAUCAAGCCUUACGAGGGACUUCCAGACCUAAUACACGUUCAUGUUUCCCAUCCCUUCCCUCUGCCCUACUUUGCCAAGAGCUCUAGAGUGGUAGAGGUUUCUCAUUGGGGUAGUGUGUCCGUGACGGGCCAGUUCGAGCUGGUUAAUGAAGCCGCUAGGUUGGGAGGGGAGUUCUCUAGGAUACCCUUUAGUAUUGACAAAUGGGGGAGCAGCGGAGAGAACCCCUACAAGGUGAAGUCAUGUGUGAAUGAGAUAGAGGCGAUCCUGCCGAGGUCAGUGCGCAAUAUCAACUACAGGGAUGCUAUUGGGAAUGUUUCUUCUACGCAUGCCCGAAGAGAGGGCAAGAAGUAUGUGUCGGUGCAGUUGUCGCCUAGGUUUCCUAUGCUUGGAGGAUGGAAGGACGAAUUCGAAUUCUCCUAUGCGCUACCAUCUAAGACUGCUCUGAAGGUGUCGUCUAGUGACAGUCAUCAGUACGUGCUCAAUGUGGCAUUCAACCAGCCUUUUGUGAGGGUCUUUGCUCAGGAACAAGUUCUCGAGGUCGUUCUACCGGCAGGAGCUACAGGGAUCAGAAUUAACUCUCCAGCUGGCCUUGGAACAUUUGAGUACAUUCCUGAGGGGAGAUACUCGUGGUUGGACUUUACUACACCGAGGAGACUCGUCCGUAUAGUCUCAUCUGGGUUGAUCGUGCCAGAGAGGGAUGCUCUUAAUACCAAAAUUCAGAUCGCCUAUCACAUGCCCACUGGAUUGGGUAUAUUGGAUAAGCCUGCUCUGCUGGUUGUGUACGUUUUCGCCCUUUUCUUGGCUUACAUCGUUUNNNNUGAUGGAUGUUUUUGCAUGCUGGGAAUAAUGGUGAAAUGA